AUGGAAAAGUUACUCCAUGCAGUGGCUUCUUGGCCUAAGAGGAUCAUCUCCAAAAAUAAGCCUGCAGGCGAAUCUACUACGCCUCAACCGGCAAGCACUGCUGGCAGCGACGAGCUCUUCCCCUCGUGGCCGCCACCAAGUCCUCGCGAGAUGCUCUCCCGACGCGACUUCUACAGGGAGCGUCUGUUAAGCCGCAGGUAUCUCGCUCCGAGGGGCGUGUUCGAUGAUUCACCGCUCUUUGGUCUCUAUCGCCUGUACGAGUGGAUCAUGGUUGACCACAUCGUCAACAUGCGCAACGAACUAGAGAUGUUCUGGUGGGCCCGGUGGCCCGUCGCCGAUAUUCCGGACCCGGGCGAGCAGGGUGACCCGGAGCGCUACGCCGUUCUGGCGUGCAUCCCCGCUCUGCUGGUAGAGAGCUUUAAUGAAAGGGUCAAUCUGGGCCUGCGGCGCGAGGAGCCGCAUUCGAUCCUGUCCCUGGAAGAGCAGCUCGCGUGGGCGGCGACCCCAAAGAAGUUCGAGACGAUAUCGGCUUGGGCGGAACGGGUCCCGCCCCUGGACUCGGUCUUAUAUAUUCCACAUAGCGAGGCCGGAUGCGAGCAAUUCGUGACUCUUGACGAUCCUGGGGCAUCACCGGCGUUCAAGGAGAAAAACAUUCUGGCAAUCAAGCCGCAUAUCCACUUCAUCUAG